AUGUCCCAAUGCCUACCUAUCCUACCAAUUUCCCCGAGUCAGGCCUGCGGCGGCGUUGCAUCAAGAUUCCGGCAGCACCCAGUUAAUGAUUCUGCAAGACCAAAGGCAGAAAUGCAACAAUCUGUCCAAAGAAACAUCCCUGAUCAGCAUAUCCAAGAGGGAACCACCCAGCAGACCUGGUAUUGUUUGCUUCGCCUUGCCGCUGAGGAGCUCAGGUUGCAGUUUUCAUCACGUCCAUGGAAUCAACUGGCCUCAAGACAACAACAACAACAACAACAACAACAACAACAACAACAGCAACAACAGAAUCGGCUCAAAGAUUGA